GUAUACAACCAAUGGGCUCCCGGCCAGGUGAUGGAAGUCGUCGGUGUCCGACUCCUCCCAUUUAGGGUUCGUGUUAGGUAGGCCUGGACUUUAGAAAUUGGGGGGUGCACACUCCCUGGCUGAGGCGAGGUGGAACAGUUGUUGCUGAGGUGAGAUCUAGUACAUGGUGAAGUAGGUCCCGGCCAGGGGACACUUGGGGCCGUGGGCUGUCGGUGGCGUGGAGUCGGAGAGGAGCCCGGCCCGCGGGGAAAUCCAGCCUGUCCUACGGAGCGGGCGGAGGACAGCCGUCAGGUCCGGCGGGCGGCUUGGAAAACGCAGUGGAGCCCGUGAAGCCGAGGCACGGCCUUGGGUUGCCCCGCGACGGCUCCUCCGGCCCAGGACCUUGCAACCUCCCUUCUCCUUUCACUCACGUGCAGUCCCGGGCUGGAGAAUUGAUCGCGGGCGCACUGAGUUCUCAACCCCCAUUUCGGUCUCAGUCUCCCGGUGGACACCUUAAUAUGAGGUGACUGCUCAGCAGCUGGGAACCAGAGGCUAUAAAAAGGGCUGUAGGAAAUGGACUGCAGUAUAAAAUCCAGAAGCAGAACUUGAAGGUCUAACCACUGACCCAUUUCGCAGAGUACAUUCAUGGACCAAAAGAUGAAGUUGGUAUUUAUUUUUAAAAAGAUAUUGUCAAUGAACUGAUAUGACUAUAAAUAUUCAUUUGAUAAAGAUGCAUGGACUUGUCAUUAGUUUGGACUAGUGGUCAUUUCUGAAAGUUUCUUCAACCACAAUUUCUAUUUGAAAAUUGAAGUAUCAAAGAAUAUUUGGUUUAGAAUGGUAUAAUGAUGUAUUUUCUUUGAGGACUGCGAAUUUCAUAGAGACCACAGUUGGAUCCCAGUUAUAUUCUCCAAUCAAAGUGAUUCACUCCUUUAAUGAAGUUAAUUUUGAAGAGUUUUAUGUUUAUAAACAACGCCAAAAGAUGGGAGAAAGAAAUGAUGUCCACCUCAAAUAAAGACAAAUCCCUAGUGUGAAGUAUUGACUCAUAUCCAUGAAAAGAAACAUGGUGAUGCAAAAACUUUCUGGAUGGAGCUGGAAGAUGAUGGAAAAGUGGACUUCAUAUUUGAACAAGUGCAAAAUGUGCUGCAGUCACUGAAACAAAAGAUCAAAGAUGGGUCUGCCACAAAUAAAGAAUACGUUCAAGCAAUGAUUCUAGUGAAUGAAGCAACUAUAAGUAAGAAUUCAACAUUGGUAAAGGAUCAUACAUCUGUGACCCAAAAUGAACAGGAAAACAAAUCAAUUUCAUUGCCGUCUACAUCCCAUGAAGACUCCUUUCCGGAAUACUGUACAUUUCUAUUCCCCCAAAAUAAGGAAAUUUCUCCUCUGGAAAAUAGAGUUGCAAACUUUAGAAAAAAAGAGUCAUCUUCAAAUUUAUCUUACCAAAGUCAUGACUGCUCUGGUGCCUGUCUGAAGAAAAUGCCACUAACCUUCAAGGGAGAAAACCCUCUGCAGCUGCCAAUCAAAUGCCACUUCCAAAGACGACAUGCGAAGACAAACUCUCAUUCUUCGGCACUCCAUGUGAGUUAUAAAACCCCUUGUGGAAGGAGUCUACGAAACGUGGAGGAAGUUUUUCGUUACCUGCUUGAGACAGAAUGUAACUUUUUAUUUACAGAUAACUUUUCUUUCAAUACCUAUGUUCAGUUGACUCGAAAUUACCCAAAGCAAGAAGAAAUUGUUUCUGAUGUGGAUAUUAGCAAUGGAGUGGAAUCGGUGCCCAUUUCUUUCUGUAAUGAAAUUGACAAUAGAAAGCUUCCACUGUUUAAGUACAGAAAGACUAUGUGGCCACGAGCAUAUUAUCUAAACAGCUUUUCCAACAUGUUUACUGAUUCAUGUGACUGUUCUGAGGGCUGCAUAGACAUAACAAAAUGUGCAUGUCUUCAACUGACAGCAAGGAAUGCCAAGACUUGCCCCUUGUCAAGUAAUAAAAUAACCACUGGAUAUAAAUAUAAAAGACUACAGAGACAAAUACCUACUGGCAUUUAUGAAUGCAGCCUAUUGUGCAAGUGUAAUCGACAAAUGUGUCAAAACCGAGUUGUCCAGCAUGGACCUCAAGUGAGGCUGCAGGUAUUCAAAACUGAAAAGAAAGGAUGGGGAGUACGCUGCCUAGAUGACAUCGACAGAGGAACAUUUGUUUGCAUUUAUUCAGGAAGAUUACUAAGCAGAUCUAACACUGAGAAAUCUGAUGCUAUUGAUGAAAAUGGAAAAGAAGAGAAUAUUAUGAAAAAUAUGUUUUCAAAAAAGAGGAAAAUAGAAGUUGCAGAUUGUGAGGUUGAAGUUAUCCCUUUAGAAUUGGAAACACAUCCUAGAAGUGCUGAGACUGAGACCUGUCCACCUAGGUUGAGUAAUAAUCUGAAACAGCCUGUUCCAGAAAUGAAAUGUAACAAUACUUCAAGAAUUCAAUAUCAUUCAGUCAUUAGAAGUCCUAAAGCCAAGACAGCCUUUAUUCAACGCAAUGGGGAAAAGAUGGGAUUUACUUCCUCAGACUUUGUUGCCUCAGAAGAUGAUGGAUUUAAACCAACCCAAGUACAUCUGAACUCUAAAGCCAUGGAAACGAAAAAGGACUCAAGCUCAAACCAAAUUGAAGAUUCCGAAGACAAUCUGCUGAUUGAAUCAGAUGUGAUAGAUAUAACUAAAGGUAGAGAAGAAACUCCACCAGGGGGCAGAUGUAACCAAGCAACCACAUUGGAUAAUCAGAAUAUUAUAAAGGAGUUUGAGGUUCAAAUACAAAAGCCCCAAGAGGAAAAAUCUCCAGCAUGUCAAAACCAGCAGGUCUUUUGUGAUAAAGAGUUGCCAAGUGAAACCAAGAAUACUUCAUCUGAUUCUCUAAAGAAGUUCAAUAAAGGGAAUGUGUUUUUAUUGGAUGCCACAAAAGAAGGAAAUGUGGGCCGCUUCCUUAAUCAUAGUUGUUGUCCAAAUCUUUUGGUACAGAAUGUUUUUGUAGAAACACAUGAUAAGAAUUUUCCACUGGUGGCGUUCUUCACUAACAGGUAUGUGAAAGCCAGAACAGAGCUAACUUGGGAUUAUGGUUAUGAAGCUGGGACUAUGCCUGAGAAAGAAAUCCUCUGCCAAUGUGGGGUUAAUAAAUGUAGAAAGAAAAUAUUAUAAAUCUGUAGCUAAUGCCUGUUAACGAAACUAGCUUAUCAAGCUGGAAUUAGAGCAAUGCAAGAGAACCCUCAGUCGUCAGUGGAACUAAUUUAAGUUGUGUCCAUCAGGAGAAUUCCUUGCAGUUUGCCCUCAUCGUGGGGGUUCAUUUGCGUGACUUAGAGAUGCCAGGAACAGAAUAAGGGCGUUUUCAAACGCAUAUGGUAUCCCUUGAUUCUUACUGCUGUUCAACUUUACAUGAGUAGGAUGGAAGUGUAUAUUUUAUAUGAAGUACCACUGUACAAUUUGUAACUUAUUUGUAAAUUAUCUAUUAAGAAAAACAAAUGUCACAAUAGAAUUCAGCUGUUCUUAUUGUUCUUAUUGCUUUUGUGAUUAUCAUCUUUGAGUUCAUACCCCUGGAGGGCCACAUUUCACAUCUUUAUUUAGAAAAUUUAUGUAUGUUUAAUUCCUGGCAAAUAAUUUACUAUUAUGAGCCAUAAGGUGGGCAGCAGAGCCUGAGGAACAUGUAAAAACUAACUUUAUACACACUACUUCCAAGUAUUUUGGCGCUAGUUGGAGAAGCUAUAUCUGGUCCAUGAAACACUGUCCCAUGAAACCAUUCCCCUAUGGGGAAGCUUUUGGUAAACUCUUUGAAAUUAAGCUUCUUUUCCAUGGAUUCUCUUUACUCCUUCAAUACAAGCACAGACAGGAAAAGAGGGAAUAAAAACCUAGAGUAAUUGGAAUAUUUUUGUUCUAGAUAGAGUUGAGCCAUAAGAAAAGGAAACCUAGAAACUAGCCAGACUUGGAUUAUUUAGGCCAGAAAGAAUUGUACUGGGCAAGAACUUUACUUAAAAAACAAAAUUCUACUGAGCUGUAAAGUCUGAAACAGCCUCUUGGUCUCUCCUGGUCAUGAUGGACAAAUUGUUUUUCUAGUGAAAAAGAGAAAGAGCUACUUUGCUAUAGGUUACCCAGCCCUGAGCAUCUAGUGGAAAGGGGACUGGGAAUCUCCAAGAGUUAAAACUAAUUUUAUCUAUAACAAAGAUGUACCUUUAGCUGCCAGGAACUUCCCCCUUGGAACCAGGAUGGGAAUACUGGCUCAAAAAUGAGUAAUUAAAAGUUCUGGUUUUUGAGAGGUUAUAUAUUCUUUUCUUUUUCUGAACUUGAUUCUGGGUUUAGUUUGGUUACCUUUCAAACAAAAGUCUCUUCUAAGUUUGGACCCAGUUUAAUUUUUAAAAUAUAUUGAACUGUAUGAAAAUUUUACUUGAAAUUGUUUUAGAGAGUGGGAAAUCAAAGAACUAGGAAAAGGAGCAAAAGAUUAUAACCCAACAGCCUGAUGAGGAAAAUGGAGAAGUCCAUUUAUUAUUCACAAACUAAAGAGAACACACUUGAUCAAUAUGGGAAAUACUUUUUGUGCAGAAAUUCUGACAUCUUAAUCUGCUUCAGUCUGUACUGGCUCUCAGCUGUCAUCUUCCAUCAGUGUCUUAGGGAUUCCCUUUGUCUCUCUUAUGUCAGAUCUGUUUUUGGUUAAGUCCCAUUAUUUUCCUUUUCCUUGGUUUACUCUCACAUAUUGGGUUGAAGCACAUCCCCCAGUAGCUUGUGAAAAGGAAAAAUGAGAGGUAAGUAUUUUGAGACCUUGCAUGUUUGAAAAUGUUAUUUUACCCUUACAUUUGAUUGCUAUUUUGGCAGGGUAUAGAAUUCUCAAGUAGCCUCCAUGCCCAAUUUUGAAGGCAUCUGCUAGCUUCCAGGGUGACUACUGGAAGUCAGAUGCCAUUCUGUUCCUUAUCUUUUGUAUAUAUGACCCGUUUUUCUCUCUCUUGAAGCUUAUAGCAUUAUCUUUGUCCCAGUGUUCUGUUCCUGGUAAGGGUCCAUUCUCAUCCUGCAUACCAGGUGCUUGGUGGGAUCUUUCAAUCUGAAACCUGUGUCCUUCAGUUCUGGGAAAUUUUCUUGAACUAUUUCUUUAAUGAUUCCUCAUCCAUUUUCUCUUUCUAGAAUUCCUGUUAUUCAGAUGUUAGACCUCCAGGAUUGGUUCUCUGAUUUUCUGAUUUUUUUCCUCUUUAUUUCCAGCAGUGUCUUCUUGCUGUACUUUGUGGGAGAUUUUCUCAACUUAAUCUUCUAAUUUAUAUUGUUUUAUUUUUCUGGUCUCAUAUUUUUAAUAUUUAGAGCCCUCUUUGAAUGUUCUUUUAUUUAGUAACAUGCUAUUUUUGGUUCAUGAUUGCAGUAUCUUCUCUCUCAGAAUAUACUAUUUGUGUCUAUACACAUACACACAAAUUCAUUGAUUCAUAUCUAUAUUUUCUUCUUCCUGCAUAUUCUCUGACCUCCAAGGUUUAUUUCUUUGUUUGUUUUCCCUGUAUGUUUCCUUUGGUCUUUGUCUUUCUAUGGGCUUUCCUCAGAUAGUGAUCUUGGCAGUCUACUCAUGCUCAAGAGUGGAACCCUAAAAAGCUGAGAUUAUAAACUGAGAGUGGGGGUAGGGGCUCUUCAACUGCUUGAGCAUGACCUAGCUGAGCUAUUCAGUCUCUAAUUCAGUCUCUUUAGAAUUUUCUUUUGGGCUUGACAUGGAAUACUCUUCCUUCCUCCUGCUUGAAGGGCAAAAAAACUUGGCUACUGGAAUCUGCUUUUUUCUUUCUUUUUGCAGCCCCACUCUCUUGCUUCUGCAGUCCAUUUCUCUAAGACUAUCCAAGUUAUCCUUCUUAAUAUUCCCUUUUCUACUGUCCCUAAUUUGCUUCCUUUCUCUCUUUAAAACUUGCUCAAGGUGCAAGACCUCCAGAAGUUUUACUUUAAUUCCGCAGCAAAGCACCAACUAUUAUAUGCUUCUUUUCCAGAACAAAGUAUUUUUUAAUUUUAAUUUAAUUAUAUGCAUUUAUGUUCUCUAAUGUAUAUUUGUUACAUGCACUGGAAACCUCGUCUUGUAUGGUGCUGUGUACCCCAUGGGUGCUAAAUAAAGGCUUGCGACUAGCAACUGGAA